UAUUAUGAUAGGACUCUCCAGAUUUGUUUACUCAAUUUAUUAGAGACUACCAAAAACUCUUAUUUCCUAUCAUAUUACGCAUUCAAAUAAAGUUUAUGAAAUGAUAAUGGAAAAAAAAAAUAUUAGGGAGUUUGAUAUCUUUUUUGAUAAGAGAGUUAAGAUUUUGAAUAAUAUUAUACAUUCAAAUGUGUUUAAUGAUAAAUUGAUAGAAGAAACAAAAUUAAAGGAGUUAAUAUUGUAAAAUAAGACUUCAGAAUACAUUGAAGAAUUGAUUAAGAAAAGGAAGUAUUUCACAGCAUAUCGAUUUAUGAAUGCCCUAUAAUAUGAUACUGUUUCAUAUUAAGUAUAAUAUAAGAUAAAUAAUAUUAGGAACUUGUUUAUUCGAUGGCCACUAAUGAUAUGAAAUUAUAAAGCAAGAUUAUUAAAGAACAACAUCUGGAUACAAGAGAUAAUCAGAAGGUGUUGAAUCAUUUGUAUGGUGAAUCUAUGAGAUUUUUUAUUUUUGUAUGAAAAUGUUUAAUAAUAGAGGGCUGAAAUACCAAUAGAGAAAGUAGAAGAAUUAUUUUUGGGAGAUGAAAGUAAAUUAUAAUUUUUGGUUGAAAAUUAUUUUACAUCAAAUAAAUAAAUAGCAAUCCAAAUAGCUAAACGAAAUAAUAUUAAAGUUUAAAAUCAUCAAAUAUAACAAGAGAUUGAUAAAUGUAUUGAUGUAUCAUAGAAUGCACUAUUAAAAAAUGAUGAUUUUUGUAUUUAUUAAUAUGAUAUUCUUAGUGCCAUCAGAAAUAAUAUUGAAUACAAAGAAGUCUAAUUAAUUUGUACUAUUAAGGGAUUUCAAUAUAUCUAAGGAAGAUGUUUAUUUGAUUGAAGAUGAAGAGUCAUUGAAUGAUAAAAUUAUAGAUGAAAUUUUAAAGGCUCCUCAAACAGGUAUUGAUACUGAAAGUUUUUAAGAAAUUCCUCAGACUAAAUUUUCAUCUAGAAUAAAUAAGGUUUGUUUAUUAUAGAUAGCUUUACCAGAUAAGAUUUUUUUAUUAAAUAGUUCUAAUCUUACAAGUAGUAGUAUAUAUUAAUAAUUUCUUAUAAAAUAUGCAACUAGUGAUGCCUUAAAAAUUGGAUAAAAUAUAAGAUAGGAUUUUUUAUCAUUAUUAGGAUAAAUUGGAGCCUAUGAUGUUGAAUUAAAAUAAAUGAUUGAAUUAUCACAAUUAUUUAAAAUGAAAUUUCCAGAAGAAAAGAAAACUAAUUUAUCAUUUUAAUGCUCUAAACUUUUAGGUAAAGAAUUAGAUAAAGUUGAAUAAAUAUCAAAUUGGUAAAAGAGACCAUUAAGAAAUGCUUAGAUUCAUUAUGCAGCAUUAGAUGCUUUCAUUUGUUUACAUCUUUAUAAUCAAUAUAAAAAAUGA